GGGUGAUGAUAUUUAUCAGCACCAAUAGAUGUUAUUAUCACCAAAUGUCGAAAGGUUAUCAGCAAUCUCUUGUAUAUAGAAGAUGAGCGACCGCAAGAGACACGGAUGUUGAUGUGAAUAAAAUUAAAUUUUUACCUCAAGUGGAAUUUUAGGCGAAAAUGCAAGUUCAUAACAUCAUCCCUCGUGCCAUCUGUACGCUCAGCACGAGAACUCAAAUAUCCAACGCCUCCAAUAAAGCGCUCAAUCGGCGGCCUACGGCUCAAGCUUCAUUUGUUGAAGUGAUUCGCCUACGAUCACAUUUUUCACCUAUUUGCAAAUUAUACGAAGUAAAGUCGGGAUUCGGCAGAUUUGGGGCACAUUUUUCAACGAGCAUGCCUGGAAAUCUAAAGUUACUAAGCGAUGGCAUUCGCGAAGGCGACCCCGAAUUGUAUGCUAUCAUAAAGGCUGAGAAAAAGCGCCAAACUGUGGGUUUGGAAAUGAUUGCCAGCGAGAACUUCACAUCCGUUUCGGUGCUGGAAUGCUUGAGUUCAUGCUUGCACAAUAAAUAUUCAGAGGGUAUGCCUGGCAAGCGUUACUAUGGUGGCAAUGAAUUUAUCGAUGAAGUAGAGCGUCUUGCACAAAAGCGUGCACUCGAAGUAUUUCGUCUCAAUCCCGAUGAAUGGGGUGUAAAUGUGCAACCUUACUCAGGCUCCCCUGCCAACUUUGCUGUGUACACUGGACUAUGCCAACCACACGAUCGCAUUAUGGGCUUAGAUUUGCCCGAUGGUGGCCAUUUAACGCAUGGUUUUAUGACUGCAAAAAAACGCAUUUCUGCCACGUCCAUAUACUUCGAGAGCAUGCCAUAUAAAGUGGACGCGCAAACGGGUUUAAUCGAUUACGAUCAAUUGGAGGCUAGUGCUAAGCUAUUCCGGCCACGGAUAAUCAUAGCAGGCGUAUCCUGUUAUUCACGUUGUCUUGACUAUGCACGCUUUCGUAAGAUCUGUGAUGAUAAUGAUUCUUAUCUCUUUGCUGAUAUGGCUCACGUUGCCGGCCUGGUGGCGGCUGGCUUGAUUCCGUCGCCAUUUGAAUACGCCGAUGUUGUUAGCUCUACGACACACAAAACGUUGCGCGGUCCACGCGCUGGUGUCAUCUUCUAUCGUAAAGGUGUACGCAAGGUACUGCCAAAUGGCGAAAAAGUAUUAUACGAUUUGGAGGAACGCAUAAACGCAGCUGUUUUCCCAGGUUUACAAGGUGGUCCACACAAUAACACUAUAGCUGGCAUUGCCACCGCCAUGAAGCAGGCACAGUCACAAGAGUUUGUUGACUACCAAAAGCAGGUUAUCGCCAAUGCGCGUCGUCUAUGCGAUGGUUUGAUAAAGCGUGGAUACAAUAUUGCCACCGGUGGCACUGAUGUUCAUUUGAUAUUGCUCGAUUUACGCAACAUUGGUUUGACUGGCGCAAAAGGUGAAUAUAUAUUGGAAGAAGUGAAUAUUGCCGGCAACAAGAAUACAGUACCAGGUGAUAAGUCAGCAUUGAAUCCAUCUGGCAUACGAUUGGGAACACCAGCUUUAACUACACGUGGUUUAGUAGAGUCCGAUUUUGAUGCUGUUGCGGACUUCAUUGAUCGAGCAUUGAAACUGUGCGUUGAAGCAACUAAAAUAUCCGGCCCCAAAUUGGUGGAUUUCAAGGAAGUCUUAAAGUCUAACAAAGAAAUCGCAGAAAAACUGGGCAAAAUACGUCGUGAUGUUGAAGAGUUUAGCGGGAAAUUCCCACUACCGGGUCUAGAGGAUUUUUGA